GCGCACCUCUCUCCUCUUUUCCAUUUUUUGACUGAAAGUCCCGAGUCGAAGUCGCACACCGAGAUGAACUUUGUGGACGCUCAACCAGCUUCGUUCCUCGAUUAUGCGUGGACUACGCCCUCCGACAACAACCCUAAUAAACCCGCAAAACCUUCCAAGACAAGUCGGAAGCAGAAUCGGUGUUGCGAUCAGUGCAGGAAGGGCAAACGAGCGUGUGACGCAGCCAUCCUAGAAGACUCUCUUCUGGACAAGAAUGGAUCGAGCGAACCAAAUCCUACGGUGUUUCAUUACAGUGAUGUCUUCGGGCCCCUAGCACCUUGUAGCAAUUGCGAAAAGACGAAGAAAACUUGCACAUUCGAAUGGCUUCGAUCACAACGAGUGUCACAAGCGGCACCACAACAAAAUCCAGCACCACCAACAAAGCGACGCCGAAAGAGCAGCCCCUCAAAGAAUGCGCCGAAUGAUGUCGUCGAAGCUGCACCUCAACAGCUGCCGUCAGCUGCCCCGCCGCCCACUGUACCGGAUGCGGGUGGAGACUUUGUGGCACAAAAUGAGGGCAUGGACUUCGGUUUGACAUUUGCCGAUAUACCCAUACCCUCAUUUGAUUUCAGCCAUUCUGCGUUAUCGACAUACCAGCAUGCACCUCUCAUGUAUGAUGGUUUAGAACAUACGUUCCGCAAUGGCAGUAGUAGUUAUGAUGGCACCCUGGUUGAUGAAAGCGAUAAUUUCCUGGAGCUGGACUCUGGAAAAGGAUCGUCGUUCGACACCUCUUCAGAGAGACUUUCGGAAGGGGUCGAAGGUAACAGUCCCAAUGGGGAUUUAAAAGUGCAGAGCUCAGAAGAAGCUUCGACUUGUAAUUCAGCAAUGGUACGAAUACCAAGAAAACGGCGACGACGAAGUUCUUCAAGCUUGCUUUCGGACCGGUUGCACAACCCUCUUCUUUCGCUAACAAAUAAUCUCUUUCUAUCCACCAAUAGCACAUUUCUCACCGAAGGCUUGCUCAGGAUAUAUCACGACAGUUUCGAAAAUGCGCUUUCCUGUUGGUUGACCGAAAGGACCUGUCCUUACAGUAAGGGGUCCGAGGUGUCACUAGCUAACGAUGCUGGACCCGAUUGGAACCGGAUUUAUUAUCGAGUUUUCCGCCUGGAUCGGUUGGCAUCGUCGAUACGUGGUCGAGCAUUGAGUUUCAGGGAGGAUAAAGCCUCUUCGAAAGCCCUCAACUUGGCGAUCUUUUCUUUCGCAACACAAUGGGCGCAAUCGAGUCAAAGGAGUAAGGCGAAAUAUCCAUUCCAUAGCGACGGCUCCGAUGACAAAAGCACUGCCUUCAGCGGGAACAAUGGGAUCCUCCCCAUGUACAGCGAGUUCGAUCGCACACUUCAGGUCACGGCAUGGAACGAGGCUCGGCAAGCGCUACAAGAGGCCAGGGAGAUUGAGUCGUUCCGAGUAGUACUGGCGCACAUCGUAUUCUCAUUGACCCAGCGACCCCAAGACCCGAUUGAAGAUCCUGCAGCUUCAAGCGAAGCCUCUUUCUCGAUGUCUAAUGGAGUGUCGACAUCGACAGGAUACGAUACGGAUAUGCUAAACACCUCGUCGAACCAGCAAGCCGACACCUCAGUGGACGACUGCGAAGAGCUUCUAUCCAAAUUAAAUUUGACGAUCGAAUCAGAAGAUCCUCCAAUUUAUCUGGAACAAGGAUUGAGGCUGAUCCAUUCCUUGAGGUCACGCAUGGCGAUUACUGGCACAAUGAACAAAUUAUCACGGAGAGCGAGGUCUUCGAAGCCAAAUCCCAAUCGAUUGACUGCGGCGGACAAUGCGACGGUGGAUCUGCUAUUCUGGCUUGGUGUUAUGUUUGACACAGUGUCGUCAGCAGUGCACAAGCGACCUUUGGUGGUACCCGAUGAGGAUAGCGAUAUCUAUGCCCUCGAUCCAAGGCCUGCAGAUGAUGCUAUCUCCGAUAACGGCCCACUAGACUCAAGGUCUUUAGCGCCCGCCAGCGAAGGUCUUUGGGAUGGAUAUCUCUUCGCUCGACAGCGGAAACGAUUGUCUGCUGCACCUGUCCGCUGGCCUUGCUCUUACGAACAGGCCGCAGCCGUACUUUGCGAUGCCGCACCAGUAAAAGUACUCCUCUUUAGGAAGAUCACUAGGGUGCAAACCCUCUUGUCUCGCAAUGCCCGCGGCGACCGAAUCGAAAAGGCCUUGAAAGAGUCACUGGACGUGUACAACCACUGGAAUCAGCUGUACGCGCCUUUCAUCCGGGACUGCAUCGACAACCACGAUAGCUUGCCACCACGAGUGCAAUCAUGGUACAUCUGCCUAACCGGUCACUUCCACCUCGCAGCUUUGCUCUUCGCAGAGCUCGUAGAAAUAAUCGACGACUCUGAAUUGAGCGUCGAAACCAUGCGCCAGUCGCGAAAUUCGUCUAAAUUCAUCGCCGUAUUCCGUGCGAGGAACUGUCAAACACUAUCUGAUCUCGCGCAAUGUGCGUGCCCACGGGAAGGGGCGUCAUUCCCCAAAUCCCAAGAUUUUCACUUUGCAGUUAAUUCAGCUGCCAUUUUAACCGAGCCGUGGACGGCAGUAUUAAUACAGGCAUUUGCCAAAGCAGGAGUUCUUCUUUUGGAGUCCGAGUCAUCAGCGGUCACGUCUAUUUCAAAUGUUGUACAUCAGGAGGAUUCUUUCAGGCGCGCGGAUGAAUGCGUCAAGGCGUUAUGGUAUUUAGGGCGCAAGUCGGACAUGGCUCUCGCUGCUGCACGUAUUCUUGGGGACGCUUUGAAGCAACGUCGAAAAGGAGUUGAGGAAAAGCUUAGCGAUAUGAGUUCCUUUUUGAGGCCUGAAUUGUGGGAAGGCUACGAGGAUAUGGCGGACCCAAUGUCGGUCGAAUGUGUUUCAUGAAUGGCUAGACAAAAUCAAAGUUUAUCUGUGUGGUUUCCCAACGAUUGGUUGCGUUGCAGCACAUUCGUGAAGCCGAACCUUCAUUUGAAAGAAUGGAUGAUUGGAUGUU